GCUCGCGAGUGCUGCUCCCUGCCUGCAAUCCACUCGUCGUCGUCGCUGUUGUAGUCGCCGCGGCAUCUACCAACAUGUCGGGUGUGCUGCCGACUGUCGAGCAGAUCGAGGACUACAUGCAGUCGCUCGAGGAGCUGCUCUUCUCUUCUCUGCAGGCAGCGACUCCUGAUCUUCCCCGGGUCAGCGAAGCGAUCCAUCGUCUCUGGGAGGACAUCUCUCGUUUCGGUCCCCAGUCGCUACCUCCCCUUCCUGAUCUUCAUAUCCCUGGACUGGGUGCGUUUGAAGUCCCGCCUCCCCCGCCGCCUCCCCCGCCCUCGCCGCCGCAGUCGUUCCUGCGGCACACCGCGGAGUGGGUUGCAGAUCAUCCUUGGACGACCGCUGGCAUCACUUUCGGAGCGGUCGGCGCGGGCUUGCUUGUGGGCUAUGGAUACUACCAUGCAGGUGUGACAACUGUCAGGGUGAGGGCAACCGCGAGCCCGGACCGCAGACAAGUCGUCGUGGUCCUCGGUGGAGACGCCCCUUCCGGACUCCCUCUCAUCCUCGAGCUCGAGAAGAAAGGCUACGUGGUCAUCGUUAGCGUGUCGACUCCCGAGGCGGUCGCGGAUAUUGAGCGGAACUGCCAUGGCUUCGUGCGCGCCCUGGUGUUCGACCCAUCCGAGCCCGAAACGAUUCCUUACUUCCUGCGCUCGCUCUCCUCCACGCUCUCGCGCCGUUUCCCCAUCACCGCCGCCGGCGACCCGCACGCCUCGCCCUCCUCUCAUCUGCACGUCCACUCCGUCAUCUCCCUUCUCACACUCCCUUCACCCUCCGUAACGCCUCCUCCAGCUCCCCUGGAACACCUCUCCCUUCAAGACACCUAUUCGUCUUACCUCACCGCGACGCACAUCACGCCCCUGCAGAUCAUCCAGGCGCUGCUGCCUCUCCUUCGGGCGAACCCCGCACGCGCACGCGAUGCGCUCGCGAACAACCUCAGCAAGAAGAGCAUCGUUGUGUGCCUGCCUGCGAUCGACGCGCGUGUCGGCCUCCCGUUCGCGGGCGCGCAGGCAAUGAGUGCUGCCGCGACGCUCCGCGCGGUGGAGGUGCUCAGGCGUGAGGUCAAGAUGGCGGCGCUGACAGAUUCAAGCGCGAGCAUGAAGAACAUCAAGGUCGUCGUUGUCGACGUGGGUGCUAUCGGUGGUGUCGCACCCGCGAGCGAGCAAACCAAUCACGUCCACAAGAGUGUCGAGGGGUGGACGCCUAGUGAGAAGGUGGCCUACGGGACGGCGUUCGAGGCCGUUGUUGAGGAGGGCAUGCAGUAUGGCAUGCAUCGGAAGCCGACGGACGUCUCGGUGUUCGUCAAGACCAUCGUGGAUGUUGUGGGUGGCUCAAGGAAGAGCAGCAAGUCUGUGAUUGGCACGAUGGUCCACCUCGGCUUGGGCCGGAUUCGCGACUUCAUUCGCGGAGAUAGAGUCGUUGUCGGCGCCGGUGCGAGGACCUAUGCCCUGGCUUCGUACCUCCCGGGCGUGCUGCUGGACACAAUUCUUAACAUUCCGCACUUCCUCAUCUCGAUCCGGAACGCGCUUCUGACUAUUCAGCCUCACGUCCUCCUGCCUCAGUCUACGCAUAUGCCGCCGGUUCCUCCCACAGCCCCCGCGCCUGCCCCCGCCGCCCUGCCUGCUGAGCCACAGCCGGCAGCCCAAGAGCAGGCAGUGGACUCCGAUCCGGAGCAGCACGAUAACGCGUCCGAGACGGGCUCCGAGGCCGACGUCGAGAGUAACGCCGGAUCAGGGGUGGGUGAGUCGUGGAUCAGUGUCAAGGACGAGUGAUUCCGUGUUCCCACCUAUCUGCAUGACGUUGUGUGCACGAUUUGCUUGUAUUGCACUAGGUAGAGAGCCUCUGCUGAGCAUUGUUUCAGCGAUUGAGUCCGGUGUAUUCAUUAGUCUGUUCCCUGCUCCAGAUUCAUUCCCUGUUGUACAACAAUGUAUGUACAGAAGUAAUGUAUAAUCUAUAUGACGGACUGCCACCUCCCUCCACUCAU